AUGCCAAAAACGUGUUUGGCAUCACUAGUCAACGUAGAUGUUGAUUGGGUAACCCGAUUUUCGUCGUUAAAUCGCAUGCAACGGGUGGUGGCGUUCAUGUUACGGUUCGUCAAUCGUGCUCGUAAGUUACCCACUCACGAUGUUCCUAUUCAAUACACAGAAAUGGAAGUGGCCAUGAUACACAUUGUUCGUAUGACACAGCGUUCCUACUUUGUUAACUUGUUUAAUACACUAAAGUCUCCAACAGCGAAAGUGUCACCUCGGUCUAUUGCUCAGCUCGCACCGUUUGUUGAUAAAAACCAUAUUAUACGUGUAGGUGGACGACUUCGACAGUCACAGGUGCCUUUCGAAACACAAAAUCCUAUAUUGAUACCUAAGUGUAGUAUUGUGACCACCCUACUAAUUCGCCAUUUUCAUUUGACGCACCUUCAUGCGGGGCCGCAGUUGGUGUCAUCGUUAAUGUCACGUCGCUACUGGAUAAUAUCAGGUCGCUCAGCCAUUCGUUAUGUAAUAUUUAAAUGUGUAACGUGUGUGCGCCACAGACCGACCGUUAUACAUCCGAUCAUGUCAGAUCUCCCGUCGAGUAGAGUGACCCCCUCUCGACCAUUUCUGCACGUUGGAAUAGACUUUGCGGGCCCGUUCAUGAUUGCUGAAGGACGGCGCAAAAAUGCACGGUCAAUCAAAUGCUAUCUGUCUGUAUUUAUAUGUAUGGCGGUCAAAGCAGUGCAUAUGGAAGUGGUAACCGAUUUAUCAACCGAGGUCUUUCUGGCGGCUCUCCAGAGGUUUGUUGCUCGUCGUGGGAAACCGUCCGAUAUAUAUUCGGACUGUGGUACAAAUUUCAAGGGAGCUGACCAGCAACUACGUAAUACUUUACUCAGUUCCACCGCACGAACCAGAUACAUUGAUGAUAUACCGUGCAAAUGGCAUUUUAACCCUCCGGCAGCUCCCCACUUUGGAGGGAUAUGGGAGGCCGCCGUGAAAUCAGCUAAAUAUCACAUCAAGCGCGUCAUCGGCACUCAACGACUAACUUUCGAGGAAAUGACUACACUAGCAGCAAGAGUGGAAGCCGUCUUGAACUCGCGACCGUUAGUCGCCCCGUCAGCAGACCCAAAUGAUUAUCGGGCGCUGUCACCCGGUGAUUUUUUAAUUGGCCACCCGUUAGUGGAUAUACCAGAAUCUGACGUCACGGCAGUUGCACAAAACAGAUUGACGCGGUGGGAGUUACUCCGACAGAUGUACCAAUCAUUUUGGAAGCGUUGGUCUCACGAAUACCUUACAUCAUUGCAAGGUCGGGCUAAAUGGUUAGACAACAAACCAAAUAUUAAGGUUGGUGAUUUAGUAUUGGUGCAUCAGCCUAACCAACCACCUAUUCAGUGGAAACUUGGUCGGAUUGAACAUACGCACCCAGGUUCAGAUGGAGUAGUACGAGUUGCGACAGUACGUACUGCCACCGGAACAUUAGUGAGGCCAGUGGUUAAGCUAGCUAUACUUCCCAUCGAAUCUCAAUAA